GACAACGCGCACAGUCUAUCCUCAUAUCCUUCCCGUAUCCGAACCGGGAGUACUGCAUCCUUUCUGUAUCCUCUCAAAUUCAAUUGCCUUCGUAGGUCGCCUCUCCCUUGUGACGACGCGUCAAGUGACUUGCCAGUGACACAGUCCCUGAUUUUGCUUUCAUUUCUUGGAGACCCACGAGCGCACAAUGAGCUGAACAAACCUCCAGCCAUUCCAGUGCAGAGAAGCAGGUGCAAUAAAGGUUAUUUUGAACUAUUCGGUCCCAAGUCUUCAGUUAAAAUGGUUUGUGCAUAUUGAAUGAAAUUUAUCAUGGAACUGGAAAUGUAUCGAGGCAGAAAUGUGCCCAACACUUAGAUUGUUGUAGAAAAAUAUUCAGUGAACAAGACAGAAAAAUACUGCUUUUCGAUAAACCUUAAAUGCUGGAAUAUUUCCUCCAUAUGAAAUUAAUUCAGCAAUGACCUCUUGUUUAUUUGAUACAUUUUUGUCGUGCCUGAGGGAAUAAUCUUUUGUGAUGAGAUUCACUAUGAAAAAAAUGCCCGACUCUGUAAGAUUAGAAGUCUAGCGACACUUCAAGAUAAUUUUCCAAGAAAAAUGUGUUUACCGAUCGUGAUUGCAUCACAUGGAUUUCUUAAAUUGAUUUUUAUGCAUAUAUUAACGCUUUCUUCGGGACUCAUACACGUAAAGUAGCGUACGUAUUUCUACCUACCAAUAUUACCCAUUCUAUCGUGACAUCCACAUCGAUUAGCAUUCAGUUGUAACAAGCGUGAUCCAGACCCUAGACUUCCCGGCCAAGUGUACGCGUUAGGCGUUAGCACCAGAAAGCCAUCGCCCCGGUAACUGUGAGAUUGCAUCAGUGAUCUUGGCGUUGUUCCGGUAACCGUAAUAUCUUCCCUGUAUUCGUGAUAUCGUUCCGGUAACAGUGUUAUCGCCCGUUAUUUGUGACAUCGCCCCGUUAACAGUGACAUUGUCCCGGUAUAAGUGAAAUCACCCCGUUAUUUGUGACAGUGCCCCGGUAGCAGAGACAUUGCCCCGGUAACAGUGACAUCGCCUCGGUAAUAGUGAUACCGUCCUGGUAACCGCGACCAUGACGAUGCUAGACCUGAAGGCGUCGACGCCGGACUACCUGCCUCGGACGGGCCCGCUCAGCAACUUCUCGAUGCUCUUCACCGGUAACUACAUAGAUCCGAGUUACAAGUCUGCGUGGGGGUCGCCUGCGUCGCCUGCACCACAGUCACAAGGCUACGGCCACAAUGGACUCGCCAUGUCCAAGUCUUCUCUCGACGCCCACAGCCCCCACCUACGACAGCCUGACCCUUAUCAGAUGUUCGGUCCGACCAGCAGCAGACUAGCGAGCUCAGGCUCAGGACAGAUCCAGCUGUGGCAGUUCCUGCUCGAGCUGCUCUCCGACUCGACCAACGCAAACUGCAUCACAUGGGAGGGCACCAACGGCGAGUUCAAACUCACGGACCCUGACGAGGUGGCGCGGCGCUGGGGCGAGCGCAAGUCCAAGCCAAACAUGAACUACGACAAACUCUCUAGAGCUCUAAGAUACUACUACGAUAAGAACAUUAUGACCAAAGUACACGGCAAGAGGUACGCUUACAAGUUCGACUUCCAAGGCCUGGCGGCCGCCACACAGCCGGCGGGCACCGACCCCACGGCAUACAAGUACCAGAGCGACUUGUUCAUGACCUCUUACCAUCCCACGACCAAACUCAACUUCAUGAGUUCUCACGCGUCCAUACCGUCUUCAGCAGCUGGAUAUUCAGCCACGAUUUUCCCGUCACCAUCCUCGUACUGGAGUAAUCCGGGGGCAAACAUUUACACGAACAUUGCUGCUGCCUCCGGCCACACCAUGGCUCACCAUCCAAGCCACAUGACUUCGCACAUCUCUUCGGCGUACCCACACUACGCAUGACAGAGCCUACUGGGCAUCAAUUCAAACUGGUGUUCCUCAAGUCCUACAAGCCACGCCACCUCCCGCGACCACCACCACUCUUCUCCUCCUACGGGAGCACCCAACGCCUCCAGCGUCUCUUUAUCGGGGCCGCCGCCCCCAGGCGUACCGGUGCUGAGUUCAGGUCUUCAAUCGGGUCUUCCGGACUGGCCGUCGACGUUCCAGCAGCAUGGGGGCGCCGUCGGGGUGUCUAACCUGGUUGAAGAGCCUCACUGACUGGAUGAGUGGUGGGUUGCCUCACCCACGCACACUCAUUCUAAUUGGAAAACUAAUCAAUUAUGAACUAAUGUGUCAUGCUUUAGUCUUGACGAGCGAGCAACUAAGUCAAUAUGUACCGUAAGUUUGACUCUUUGGUUUUCGGACGUCUCUCAUUCCGAUUAGAUCGAAUUAUUUUAUUCCUUUUAUUAAUGUAUCAAAAUUUAAUGUACCUACAGACGACUCCGGAUAAUAAACGGAUAAUUCAAAUCAGAUGGAAAAUUUGUAUAUGUGCAGACAUUUUCAUUGCUUGGGUUUCCAAUGAAACAGUUGCUAAAUAUUCGGAGACUAUGUGAAUCUUAUUUUUGGAUUUUAUUGACAUGUUAUUAUAAUUUUUUCUGCUAAUCACGUGUAAAGUGAAGAUACAACCGACUACGGAACAGUGGUGAAUAUUUCGCGCAAUCAGUUCCGUAGCCAAUUGUUAGGUGACGUAAUAAAUUUAUGGCUGAAAAAAAACUCAACCCUUUAACGGUUGUGGAAUCUGUGAUGACUCUCAACUGCUGUACAUAUGAUACUAAUGGCGACGUAUAUUUUGCAACAUGUAAAGCUAAGGAUAAACCUUUCGUAUCAGUUACAAGGCGAGAAAUGAAAGCUAGUCACUGUACAAUGAAACGAGGUAUUCUUGUAGUUUUGUAAUAUAACGCUCGAGAACAUGAAAUAAUCUAACAAACGAUCAUGAAUUUUAUGUUGAAAUUCAAUUUCUCCUCGCAAUGAUCUCUCAAUUUCAGUUUCUUCUCAAAACGUAACAAGCUAACAAGAUUAAUAUGAUACGUACUGUCGUGAUUAAUAGAAAAAGUAAUUCUUUUGAUUGAUUCUCAUUUAAAGCACAAUGAUAAUAAUAAACAUACUUAGCUUCAAAUGAUCAUAUUCGAACGCCUAAUGGGAAUGUUUAUUAUUGAAAAUUAAAUCAUAUAAAUUCACAUUGAUUUGUACACU